UCGGUGCAGAAGGUGAGGCACUCACUCAAAAACAGAAAGAGCAAAAAUGGCGAGCUGCUCUCUCUCCACCACCAUCUCUUCCUACCCAUCACUCCAAACCCUCCUCUUCCCCAAAAAGCUUCCAUCUUUCCUCUCUCUUCCCCAAACCCUAACCUCCCCUCACCUCCGCUCCGCCUCCCGCCGCCGCGCGUCCUCCACACGCGCCCAGUCCGACAACGUCGCCGACUCCUCCCGCCACUACGAUUUCGACCUCUUCACCAUCGGCGCCGGCAGCGGCGGCGUCCGCGCCUCCCGCUUCGCCUCCAAUUUCGGCUCCAGGGUCGCCGUCUGCGAGCUCCCCUUCUCCACCAUCUCCUCCGACACCACCGGCGGCGUCGGCGGCACGUGUGUGCUUCGUGGAUGUGUGCCCAAGAAGCUACUGGUUUACGCUUCGAAAUAUACACAUGAAUUUGAUGACAGCAUUGGCUAUGGGUGGAAGUACGAAACUGAGCCGAAGCAUGACUGGAGCACAUUGAUGGCUAACAAGAAUGCUGAGCUGCAGCGCCUCACUGGUAUUUACAAGAAUGUGCUCAAGAAUGCUAAUGUCACUUUGGUCCAAGGCCGCGGAAAGGUAGUGGACCCGCACACGGUUGAUGUAGAUGGGAAGUUGUAUUCUGCUAGACAUAUACUAAUUUCGGUUGGGGGGAGACCCUUUAUUCCCGAUAUUCCUGGAAGUGAGUACGCAAUAGAUUCUGAUGCUGCUCUUGAUUUGCCUGAGAAGCCGGGGAAAAUAGCAAUAGUUGGUGGUGGAUACAUUGCCUUGGAGUUUGCUGGUAUCUUCAAUGGUCUGAGGAGUGAUGUCCAUGUGUUUAUACGGCAAAAGCAAGUUUUGAGGGGUUUUGAUGAAGAGAUUAGAGGUUUUGUUUCUGAACAGAUGUCUGUGAGAGGGAUUGAGUUCCAUACAGAGGAGUCUCCCCAGGCUAUCUUAAAAUCAGCUGAUGGUUCAUUUUCCCUGAAAACUAACAAAGGAACAGUUGGAGGGUUCUCACAUGUUAUGUUUGCAACAGGGCGUAGACCUAACACAAAGAAUUUAGGAUUGGAGGAGGUAGGGGUGAAAAUUGCCAAAAAUGGAGCAAUAGAGGUUGAUGAAUUCUCUCGUACAUCGGUUCCCUCAAUUUGGGCUGUGGGAGAUGUUACAGACCGAGUGAAUCUGACUCCAGUUGCUUUGAUGGAAGGCGGCGCAUUAGCAAAAACACUUUUUCUGAAUGAGCCCACAAAACCUGAUUACAGCGCGAUUCCUUCUGCUGUGUUUUCCCAGCCACCCAUUGGGCAAGUUGGUCUUUCUGAAGAACAGGCUACAGAACAAUAUGGUGAUGUUGAUAUCUACACAUCAAACUUCAGGCCCAUGAAGGCCACUCUCUCAGGGUUGCCAGAUCGAGUCUUCAUGAAACUUAUAGUGUGUGCAAAGACAAACAAACUUCUGGGUUUGCACAUGUGCGGAGAAGAUUCACCCGAAAUUGUUCAGGGGUUUGCAGUUGCUGUUAAAGCUGGCUUGACAAAGGCAGACUUAGAUGCCACGAUAGGUAUUCACCCGACAGCCGCUGAAGAGUUUGUCACAAUGAGGACUCCUACUCGGAAGAUCAGAAAAAACCCUCUGUCUCAGGAGAAGCCAUCUGAUGUGAAAGCUGCCGCUGGUGUUUGAUCUGCAAGACACAGCUUCAAGGUGUGAACAGUCUUGUUGUCACUCACAAAAUUUGUACAUGAAAGCCUUUUUGAACAGAUGGUGCCGGACACAGUUAGCAGCUGUUGAGGUUCUCAGGUGAAUAUAGAUGAUGCAUGUUUCCUCUGGGCUAGCGAUGAACUUGAACAUCUCGGAAAGUAUUCCUAUACUGUGGUAGAGCGAUUUUUGGUUUAGUAUGAGCUGUGAUCUAGCUCCCUUAACAGAAAUUUAGUUUUGCAUUAGUGGAUCGAGUAUAAUUUUUCUCUUCAUUGUUCCUUUUCUUUUCGCAUCUCUCUGUGUACAAUAUACACACUUAUAUAAGAGAAUUUGUUACAUAAAGAAAUGCUUAUAAUUUUUUUUAAUUUUUUGUA